AUGAGUUUGUUUGUGCUUCGCAAAACCCUUUUUAUACGCUGUCUGAAAUACGCCAACAACAAUGAAACGUAUGAGCGAGGUUAUUGGCGACAAAUGUGCAGAUUCAAAACAUCUGUACCAAAAAACUUCUGCGAUUAUGAGAGCAUGAGACGGGAUUACAACAUACAAAUUCCUCUGCAGUUUAACUUUGCAAAAGAUGUGCUCGAGCAGUGGGAAACAAAAGAAAAGAACGGACAGAGGUCGUCUCUUCCAGCUCUGUGGUGGGUGAAUGACAGCGGAGAAGAGGUCAGAUGGAGUUUUGAGGAGUUGGGCUUCCACUCAAGAAAACUUGCAAAUGUUCUGCAUCAGGUGUGCAGUUUGGAAAGAGGGGAUCGUGUGUUCCUCAUUUUACCCCGAGUCCCUGAGUGGUGGCUGGUUAAUGUAGCAUGUCUCAGAACAGGUACGGUUCUGAUCCCCGGCACCUCUCAGCUCACGGCUCGAGAUAUCCGCCACCGGCUGCAGUCGUCUGGGGCCAAGUGUGUAAUCACAGAUGAAACUUUGGCCCCACUCUUGGACACAGUAGCCUCAGAAUGCCCUUCCAUCUCCACCAAGCUUCUGCUAUCCCGCAGGGCCAUGCAUGGCUGGGGCAACCUGACAGAACUCAUGGGAAGAGUGUCAGAUGAUCAUGUUUGCGUGGACACCAGGAGUGAGGAGGCCAUGACUAUCUUCUUCACUAGUGGCACAACCGGCUCUCCAAAAAUGACCCAACAAAGCCACUGUAGUUACGGUCUUGGACUCACGGUGAACGGCAGGUAUUGGCUGGAUCUGACUGAGCAGGAUGUGUUUUGGAACACGUCAGACACGGGUUGGGCCAAGUCGGCGUGGAGCAGCGUGUUUGCUCCGUGGAUCCAGGGAGCAUGUGUGUUUGUUCACCACAUGCCACGCUUUGAGACAAGUACAGUUCUCAAGACUUUGAGCAGCUAUCCCAUCACCACCUUCUGCACGGCACCAACAGCCUAUCGAAUGCUUGUACAGGACGACAUAUCCAGGUAUAAGUUCCCUGCUCUUGAGCACUGUCUGUGUGCAGGAGAGCCCAUUAACCCAGAGGUGAUGUGGAAAUGGAAAGAACUCACUGGACUGGACAUCUAUGAAGGAUAUGGACAGACUGAGACUGUUUUAAUAGCUGGCACAUUCAAAGGCAUGAAGAUCAAACCAGGAUCUUUUGGAAAGGCUUCUCCAGGAUAUGAUGUUCAGGUGCUAGAUGAAGAUGGUUCUGUUGUGCCACAAGGACAAGAGGGAGACCUCAGCAUCAGAGUGAAACCAGACAGACCCUUCUCUCUUUUUACAGAGUAUACGGGGGAGCCGGAGCGCACGGCCGAAUGUUUCCGUGGUGAUUUCUACCUGACGGGUGACAGGGGAAUGAUGGAUGAAGAAGGAUACCUGUGGUUCAUUGGCAGAGCUGAUGAUGUCAUCCUGUCCGCAGGGUACCGCAUUGGUCCGUUUGAGGUGGAAAACGCUCUGAUAGAGCAUCCAGCUGUAGCAGAAUCUGCUGUGGUCAGCAGCCCUGAUCCGGUUCGUGGAGAGGUGGUGAAGGCUUUUGUAGUGCUGACAGCAGAUUUUAAAUUUAGGGACCAUAAGGAACUGAUCCAGGAACUGCAAACUCAUGUGAAGACUGUCACUGCUCCUUAUAAAUAUCCACGCAAGAUUGAGUUUGUGGAUCAUCUGCCCAAGACAAUAAGCGGGAAAAUAAGACGAGUGGAGUUAAGAAAAAAGGAAUGGGGACAGGAAACUAAAAGCUAAAACUGGAUAUGAGAAAACAGGUUUCUGUUCAAAUCGCAUUCCUAACUUUAUGUCAGAUAGUUCAGUCUCAUAAAUUGAUCUAUAAACCCGUAGUCCUUCGGCACGCCUGCAGAUAGCAGCAUUUCAUUACAAUCAAGUUGCAAAACUCAUUUCUAAUUUCAUGCCAAAUACAAUUUAAUAGGUUUUAAUGAUUCUACCUCACGUUGAAGUAACAAAAAAUGUAUAAGCUUUGCCAUUCAAAAAUAUAUCUUUUGUUAUUUUAAUCUUAAAUUGUAGACUAUAUUCUGCAUAUGCAAAAAUGUAUAUGUUUUGCAUAAUAGUAAGCAACGCAUUUAUAUAAUUAAAAGCCCCUUUUGAAUGAAUAAAUAAAAUAGUUUUUGGGUGACUUUGUUUGAUAAACCAUGUUUCUUCCAAACACAGAGCGCGCCUUUAUUCCUCAAUAUUAGUCCAUGAUGUCAUGUGAUUGAUGACCGAUGACAGACACAAAUCUGAUCUUUGCUGAAUGAUAAGACUAUUUUACGGUUAUGAAGAUUUCUGAAUUUGAUUACAUUUUACCCUACAGAGGAAUGCAGUGACUUAUCAUAUGACAACUCUGUUGGUAAACUAGUUUUGACCACAGCAUCACUGCUACAGCAGACAGAUGACUUUAGCUUUUCAAUAAAUAAAUAAAUAAAAUAACACCCACAAUUUAUGAAAAAUAUUUUCAACAUUUUUCAAGCUGCUCAAACCUAAACUAGCCGAGCUGUGAAUUGCCCACACUGGUUAUUCAAAGAGCACAGAGUGAGAAAUGUGAUGGCGCAGCAGUAAAGACACACAGGUGCUUGUGUAAUUGACCUGUUAAUGGGGCUUAUGCUUAUCAGGUGGAAAAACAGAGCCAUAGAUUUUAUUACUGAAAUAUCAAGCCAAAAUAACCAGAAAUCAUGCCUGGUGUAUGUCAUUAAAUCUGACUUUGGAUGUUUGUUUUGACAGCCUGAAGGAUGUCGUACGUGUAUCUCAGAGCAUUUGCAGAUGAAUCUGUCGGAUUUGGUUUGCAGCAACUGAUUUGAAUUGCUCAAACUGCAAACUCGAUGUCAAAACCUGUGAGCCGCGUAGGCCUACCUGUCCUUACAAAACAAAAAGUACUGUGGCUGUACCUUCAAUGGUACCAGAUGGUAAUAUGUAUAUGUUGGUAUGCAGUGGUUUGAUACAGGUUUGAGAACUCUAAUGAAGGGGAAAAAAUGUGUGU